AUGAGGCAACAUUUCGUGCAGAGACGGACGUUAAUCGCUGCUCCGAAAGAGGGAGACGGACCUCUGAUGUCUCGACGCGCUGAUCGGGAAUUACCUGAUAUCCCCGAAAACGGCAUGAAAUGGAUGCGCACCAUCCCCAUCUUCCUCGCCGUCCUCAUCUCCUCCACCCUCGCCAUCUUCAACUACCAAAAGUCGUCCUCGUCGGUCGUGUCCUCGACCAUGUACGCGCUGCGGACCUCGCCCGCGGCGCGCGAGGCCCUCGGCGACGAGAUCUACUUCGCGCACAAGAUGCCGUGGAUCUGGGGCGAGAUGAACCAGCUGCAUGGCAGGAUUGAUAUCCGGUUCGAGGUCAAGGGGAGUAGGGGCGUGGGCACGAUGCGGUUUAGGAGUUUUAGGCCGACGAGGAUGGGGAUGUUUGAGACGACGGAGUGGAGUCUGGAGAUGAGGGGCGGGGAGAAGAUUGAUUUGCUCGAUGGGAGUGAUCCGUUUGUCGGGAUUGAGGUUGAUGAGGAGGAGCCGAAGCAGGUUGGGAGAGGGAGUUAUGCUCCGAAUUUGUCGGGUUGA